AUGAUAUAAUCUAAUAAUUAACCAAAUCAAACUAAUAUUUCAUAGAACAUUCCAGUAAAAGUCAAGAGAGCAGCAUCUAAAUUACAAAGGUGGUUCAAAGGUAAAUAAGAUGUAAAGACCUAUUAAAAACUUAAAAAAAAUCAUAGAUAUAGGAAGAAUGUGAUAUCUGAAAUUUAUAACACAGAAAAAUAAUAUUGCAAUGAUAUGAAAAUACUCAGUGAGAAAGUGUUGAUAUUGGCUUAAUAAUAUAUUAAUUAAGAGAAUAUCAAAACAAUAUUUAUGAAUUGCAACCAAAUAGCAUAAUGGAAUUAGGAAUUCAUAAGAACAAUGGAAAUUGGAUAUCAAGGUUAUAUUGGAAAUGUUAAAGAUAUGUAUAAACCAUAUUGGGUAAUAAAUUAUAUUAAUUAUAAGGUUGUUUUUGAAGGAAAUACAAAACAGUUAAUGAAUGUGACUUGUAAGGGAUUUAGAUAUUAUUUCGAAUAUUGUAGUUAAUUUAGUAAAUCCAAUUAACUUAUUGAUAAGUUAAAGUAAAGUGAUUAAAAGUUUAAAUAAUUUUUAAGUCUCAUAAGUCCAGAAUUAAGAGGGAUGGAUUUGUCUAGUUUCUUAGUCAAACCUGUAUAAAGAUUACCUAAAUACAUUUUAUUAUUUAAAGAUUUAGAAAAACAUACUGAGGAUGAUCAUCCUGAUAUGAAAAAUAUUAAAUUUUUACAUAAAUAUUUUAGAGACAUAAAUGAAGAAAAUAAUAAAUCUAUUGAUAUAUAUAUUGGAAGACUUUAAAUAAGUGAAUUAUGUGAUUAAUUUAAAUUAAAUAAAAUUGAUUUACUAUAGGAUCCAUUGAGAAUAUAUAAAUUUGAAGAAAAAUUAAACAUUAUUUAAGCAAAUAAAGAAUUAAUAGUUUAAGUACAUGCUUUAAGUGAUCUAUUAAUAGUUAUUCAUGAUAAUAAAUUGUUUAAUUAAGUUAAAUUGGAUUCAUUGUCUUUUGUAAAAGAUCAACCUGACACUAAAUAUUUUAAUAAUUUAUUUUAAAUUGUAGGUGUUGGAGAAGUAUUGUAAUGUUUUGCAGAGACAUUAUCUAUUAAAAAGAAAGCAAUUGAACAAUUUGAAAAGUUAAUUUAAUUAAAUAGAGAAUAAGAAUGUAAAAAAGAAUUACAAUCAGGAAAAUUAACUUUUAUGAGAUAUCCAGUUUAAGUUGUAAUUGUAGGAACUGAAGAAAGAAAUUUCCAAUCUUUUUAAAAACAUACAUAAUAUAUAACAGAGAUAUCCAUAAAUAAAGUUUAUUAGAAUGUAUAAUAAUCUUUAAUUUUAGAUAUAUGUUAGAUUUAGUGAGAUAGUAACUAUGUAUUAGAAAUAUUCAAAAAAGUAUCCUACAAUUGAAUUUCCAAAAUUUCCAAAUUAAAGUUGGUUAACAUAUUAAAAAACCAAAUCAAUUGAAGAACGUAAAUUUGUAAUUGAAGGAUUUUUAUAAACAUUACUAUAAUCUAAAUAGACAUAAGGGGAUAUAUAAAUACUAAAUGAUUUAAGUAUAUUUAUAAUCAAUAGUAGAGUUACCAUUUAAUUUUUUUGAAUUACCUUAAAUAGUUAUUGAUCAAUAGAAAUCAAUUUUUAGUAAAUAUAAUACUACUUUGGAUGGAUUAGAAGAAUUGAAAAUUUAAGGUGUUUUAAUAGAUAAAUUAAAUAUGAGUGCUGGAGAAAUUUUAAAAGCUGUUUGUAUAGAAAAAGAAAGCAGAAAGAAAAGCAUAGCUCAAAUAUAACCAAAUAGAGUAGUAAUUUGGCAAUAAAAAUAUUAUACAGAACCCAAUAUGAAACGAGUCAUUAUUACUAUGCCUGAUGGAACCUUGACUGAAAUUGGAGUAGAUGAUAAGGCUAAGGUAAGUGAAGUACUUCCAUUUGUAGCAGGAUAUAAUUAAUUAAUUUAUUAUAAAGAUUUUCGAUUGUAUUUGAUUGAUUAAUUGAAAAAAUAAAGAAUUCUUGAUGAUGAUGAAAUAAUUAGUAAGGCUUAUGAUGAUGAAAAUUAAAAUAAUCAUGGAUGGCUAAAUAAAUUAGAAUAAAUUAUAACUGCUUCUAACACAGAGUACUAAUUUAUAUAUAGAGGAGUGUUGUCAUUAAGAUGAGAAAAUACUUAUAUAUGCCACUAUAAUUAGAAGAAUUUGAUUAUAGAGAAGAUCCUACUCGAUUAAUUUAUCUUGGUUUCUCUAUUUUGGAAGAUGUAUAUGAAGGUAAAUAUUACUUAGGAUUCAAAGACUAUUGUUUAUUUGCUGCAUUAUAUUAUCAUCUUAAAGUAAUCUCUAUUCUUAUAUAUUAGUAUCAAGAAAAGAUUGAAAUCUCUCUUAAUACAUUGUAAUUAGAUAAAAUUAUAAAAGUUAUACCUUAGGAAGUAUAUUCAGGUAAAUCUGAUUUUGAAUGGAAAGAAUUCUCAAAAGAAUGUAUUGUUUCAUUGAAUUAGGAAUUAGAUAGAAUUAGUGUAAAUUAUAUAUUUAAAAUCAUUUAGUAAAUAAAUAAAAUAGAGAAACUGUAAAAAAAAGAGAAUUCAUAAUAUAAAUUUACUGACAAAAGAUGUUUGGCUGCUUUGAUUAUUAUUAAUGCUUCUUAAACAUUUACUUAAGGUAGUAUGGCCAUAUUUUAAGUUUAAACUUAUGAAUAAACAUAAAUAUAUUUUAAACAAGCAGGUAUGGAGGUACAUGCUACUAUGUAUUUGGGAUUUUCAGCCUAUAAAAUUUAUUUUUUAAAUCCAUAGAAAAAAUUAAAAUUCAGAGAAUUGGAUUACAAUAAAGUAAAUUGGGUGAUAUCUUAUCCAAAUUAAAUUAUAUUUAAUUUCGAAAAUUUUAAAGAACCUCUUCGGUUUGAUACAUUUUAAAGUUAUGAAGUAUGAAAUCAUAAUUACUAAAAGAUAAAAUUGUUAGUUGAAUAAUACAAAGACAUACAUAAGUUUAAUAAAGAAUAUAAUUUAGAGAAUCUCUUUAAUAAUGAUAAAUCAUAAUUUAUUAAAAAUUGA